GGCGGCAGAGUGCUCCCAGCCCGAUCAGCCGUCCGGGAGAGACAAACCAGAUGGCAACUGGUUUUGGCGAAACACCCGUCUUGCUCUCUUGCCCGUCUAACUGGGCUGGAGGGUGCGUCCGAGCUGCUGGGGGACUUCCACGUCGCUGGUGAGAGCCAGGCCGCUCGGUGGGCUUCCGCUGACCUGCGGGAGCCGGGGACGGGCCCUGCCCUCUCCUUGCGGGGUCACCUCAGCCCCGAGGUUACGGACAGAAAACUCACUAAAGUAGAGAGGCAGAGAUUUAAAGAGGAAGCAGAGAUGUUGAAAGGUCUACAGCAUCCAAACAUUGUGAGAUUUUACGACUUCUGGGAAUCCUGUGUAAAAGGCAAAAGAUGCAUCGUGCUGGUUACCGAAUUGAUGACCUCUGGAACACUAAAGACGUAUCUGAAGAGAUUUAAAGUGAUGAAACCAAAAGUCCUGCGUAGUUGGUGCCGGCAAAUCCUGAAGGGUCUUCUUUUCUUGCACACAAGAACUCCACCAAUAAUUCACAGAGACUUAAAAUGUGACAAUAUUUUUAUUACUGGACCAACUGGAUCUGUGAAAAUAGGAGACUUGGGUCUGGCAACCCUCAAGAGAGCUUCAUUUGCCAAAAGUGUAAUAGGUACACCAGAAUUUAUGGCCCCAGAGAUGUAUGAGGAACACUACGAUGAAUCUGUGGAUGUCUAUGCUUUUGGAAUGUGCAUGUUGGAAAUGGCUACCUCAGAAUACCCUUACUCAGAAUGCCAGAAUGCUGCUCAAAUUUACCGGAAAGUAACCUGUGGUAUAAAGCCAGCAAGCUUUGAGAAAGUUACUGAUCCUGAAAUUAAGGAGAUAAUUGGGGAGUGCAUUUGCAAAAAUAAAGAAGAAAGAUAUGAAAUUAAAGAUUUAUUGAGCCAUGCCUUUUUUGCUGAAGAUACUGGGGUAAGAGUGGAACUUGCAGAAGAAGACCAUGGUAGGAAAUCCUCUAUUGCCUUAAGACUCUGGGUAGAAGAUCCUAAGAAACUGAAAGGAAAACCCAAAGAUAAUGGAGCCAUUGAGUUUACUUUUGAUCUGGAGAAGGAAACUCCUGAUGAUGUUGCACAAGAAAUGAUUGACUCUGGAUUUUUUCAUGAAAAUGAUCUCAAGAUAGUUGCAAAGUCAAUACGUGACAGAGUAGCAUUAAUACUAUGGAGAAGAGAGAGAAUUUGGCCUAGGGUGCAGUCAGAGGAACGUCGGGACUCUGAAUGUCUGGAGAAGUUGAAGACACCGCAUGCACAGCAGGUCCAAGUCACCUAUCUUUCUCACACUGGUCACCAUGUCCUGUCUGAGUCAGAGGAGCCUGAGGCAGACCAGCAUCCCUUUCAGCAAAACAUGCCCACCAGCAUCACAUCUGUUGCAUCUGACAGCACAUUUGACAGUGGCCAGGGGUCUACUGUUUAUUCAGACUCCCAAAGCAGCCAGCAAAGCGUCAUCUACUCGUCUCUGCCUGAUCAAGUACCUCCUGCUAUCCAGCGGGUGUAUAGCCCGCCUCUGAGUGAGAGCCAGGCUGUGCCCCAUAGUCUUCAGCAGCUGGGGCACUACCAGCAGCCCUCAGGACCUGGCCUCCCCGCGGUUCAGGCUGCGCCCGCGGUGGUGUCCCAGCGGCCCCAGCACUACCAGGAGCCAGCGAUGCCAUUCCCUGUUGUCCAGCCCACCACCGUCGCCUCCCUGCAGCUGGGGCAGCCGCAGCCGGUGCUGGCCGGCCAGCAGCAGCCUAUAUCACAGCAAGCUUCUCUGCAGCAGGUGCUUGCCAGCCAGCCAGUUUGCCCAAUCCAGCCUGCAACCCAUCUGCUACCCCAGUACCAGCCCCAGACCUCUCAGGUGGCAGCUACCAGUACACCACUAAAACCCCUUCAGAUUUCAACCGUGCCGCAGCUUCCGCCAGUGGCCCCUUCCCAGAUUCCUCAGUUUCCUGUCAUUCCUGCAAUUACUCCUCUGGCAGGACUUGACAGCCUUCCUCCAAACCUCUCUGAUAUACCUGCUGCAAACGUGCCCCCCAUACCUGCUCCUUCUCAGUAUUUUGCUCCAGCUGUGAUUUUGCCCAGCCUCCCCAUGAACCCCACUCUGCCUAUGGCACCAAACUCCCCCGCCCUUCCCAUGCAGGCAGUCAAUCUUCCUCAUACCACCGUGGCUUCUUUGGUCUUGCCCUGCCAAACAAUAGUGCCAAAUAUGUCGGCCGCUACGAUACCAUUGCUUGCCGUGGCUCCGCCGGGAGUGCCAGCGUUGCCGCCGCACCACGGGAUGCCGCAGCUCCCCCAGCAGCAGGUGUACCAGACCACCUUCCAGCAGAUCAUUCAGAGCGACGCGCCCUCUCCCCAUCACGCGCAGAGCACGCAAGCCGUAUCCCAGCCGCAGCAGCCUCCACCUCCUCAGUCGCUUCAGCCAAGCAUAAUCCAUCCUCCAGAACAGACUCUCUCUGCGCCUGGGGCUGGUCACCAGCCGAUUACCGGACACACGCAGUAUGCUCUGGAAGCUGGAGCCCAGGUGCCCGUGCUGCCUGUGCAACCGUCGCUAGUCAUGUCACCGCCUUUGCAGCUGCAGCCCGAGCUGCUGCCUCCCCGCGUCGCUCCGGAAGGCAUUUCACAGGUUCAUGGCAGCCUUGCCACAGCUAGUCCGCCCGUCCCCAUAGAUCACUGUCUGCCUCUUCAGCCUUCUGGUCUGCUGCAGCUUCAGCCCGAUCUUUCCCAGCCUCUGGGUCAGCAGCUCCCAGCUCCCUGCUCAACUGUCCCGGCAGUCACAGAGACGUCUCAAGAGGAGCAGGCAAUACAGGACAAACUUCAGACUCUCUCACAGAGCUGUGAAAGCUACGUGAGUCCAGAUGUUGCUUCAGGUAAAGAGAUGAGUGACAGCUUUGAAGGAGCAAUAGGAAGUGGAAAACAAGAAGGAAAGUCUUCAAAGAAACAUAAGAAAUCUACACGGGCUCGUUCACGCCAGGAGAAGUCCAGCAGACCAAAACUGACCAUAUUAAAUGUUUGUAACACAGGGGAUAAGAUGGUGGAGUGCCAGCUUGAAACACACAAUCACAAAAUGGUGACUUUUAAGUUUGAUUUGGAUGGCGAUGCGCCAGAGGAAAUUGCUACUUACAUGGUAGAGAAUGAAUUCAUAUUGCAGAGUGAAAAAGAGACAUUUAUUGAACAAAUGAAAGAUAUUAUUGAUAAAGCAGAAGAUAUGCUCAGUGAGGAUACAGAAGGAGAACGAAGUUCUGAUCAGGGAACGAGUCCCCAACAAGAUAGUGAUAGACUGGAGAUGUGUGAGGAGAAGCGGCAGUCUCAAAUGAAGACACCCAUGUAUCAACAAAAUGUUUUGCAUACUGGAAAAAGGUGGUUUAUUAUAUGUCCUGUUGUGGAAAACCCUGCUACUGAUGCACCAGAAUUUUCUCCACCAGUACCUCAGAGUACACAGCAGUCUGAAGGACCAGACCUGGAGCAGUCGGAUGAUCAGCAAGCGAGCUCUGCGGUGGCGGACAGGCCUGGUGUCUUAGCUGGUCAGCAGCUUCCCCUACAAGCAGGUGUAUGUGACAGCCCCCUCGGAGCCUCUCCAGCUUUGGCUCAAGUUCCUGCCGCAGCACCUUCCACCAGCUUACCCGGCCAGGCGGAGUUUCCAGCUCCAGCACUACCAGGAUCUGCUCCAAAUACCCUGGAGCAGGUGGCUGCUAACGGCGGUCAGCUGGAGUAUUCUCCGCUGAAGGCAGCGAUGCCUGCUCUGCCAGGUGCUCCUGCCCCCCGUGCCGCCUUGCUGGAGGAGCCUUCCGAAGCUCCCCCUGCUCCGCAGCACCUGCAGCCGCAGGCCGAUGAGGGCACGUGUGUCCCUGACGUGGAGAUAGCGUGUUGCAGCGUUGGGCCGCACAAGUCGGUCCUGGCAGCUCCCGCGAAGGCAGCAGAGCUCUGCCCGCUCCCCGUGCUCCCGGACGCCAUCGUUUUGGAGCGGCAGCCUGUGGCGCAGGUCCCUCACCUGCCAGAGGCCGGCCAGCCCGGUGGGGCGCAGGCAGCCUUCCAGCAGCCGAGCACUGCCGAGUCCGAUGGAGAGGGACCACCCAGGGUGGACUUUGUUGACAACACAAUAAAAAGCCUUGACGAGAAAUUGCGGAAUUUGCUUUACCAGGAAUACGUUCCUACUUCUUCUGCAUCAGCAGGGACUCCAGACACCUCUGUCCCAUUAGAACAGGGCGAUAGUGAAUUUAACUUGCCGCCGUUUCCCCAAGAUCAAGUCCCCGCCUUGGCGCUGGAUUUGAGAGAACCAGGCCAUAGCAUAGCAGAUAGCGGCCAGGAGGUGAAAGCUGCUGCCGAGGCCCAGCCAGUGCCACUCGUACCAUCGGAGAGCUCGUCCUACCCCAUACUGUUUGAGAAGUUGGAGGUCACCAGCAUCGGUGCUCAUUCCUCAGAAGCCAGAGGUGGGUCAGCAAGCAGAAAAGGUUCAGCUGCAAGCAUCACUUCAGCUCCUGCUGCUACAACAACCAACCUCCUUCAGGUUGCACCUACAUCAUCAAGCAUAACUAAACAGAUGGAAACUUCUAAAAGGAGCGAGAAGGCAAAGACUAUGACUUUGUCUGCACACACAGAUAACGUAAUGCAGAUAUCUACAGCAGAUGGGGUGAUAAAUAACCUUCAAAGGGAUGACUCUCUAGACUCUGGUUCCUAUGGAAAACAGGCUGAAACUCAUGAUAGCGGUACACCAGCCAAAACUAUUGGCAGGUUUUCAGUAAUCAGCACGCAAGAUGAAUUAACUUUAGCAGCUCCGCACUGCUUAAGGUUCUCGGCACCCCCAGACGUCUAUUUGGAUGAGCUACCUUCCAGCCCUGAUCUGAAGACAGCUGUCCGACGGGUGCAGACAGCCUCUUCUGUUGAUGUCCUCUGUGACCAGGGUUCAAGUGAUUCUGCUGAUGAGCCUUUCCAUCGUCAGUCGGCUGCUGCUGCUCAGCUGUCCCCCCCGAGCAGUAGUGCAGCCACUGACUUAAUUAAAAAAGC